AUGGCCGACGUCGGGGGCCACGCGGUGAGCGUGCACGAGUACGCGCGCCAGUACGUGCUCAAGAUCACGCAUGACGACAAGUACUGCAGCCCGGAGGAGUGCGACCGCGCGGGGCGGUCGCUGCACGCACUGCUGCGCCAGCUGGCCCAGGACGGCGACCGGGAGGACGUCCGCAUGACGUUCAAGACGUUGAAGUGCGAGUUCGGGUCGCAGUGGAGGCGGGCGUCGCUGGGACGCCGCGGGGAGGUGCUAACGCGGCUGUUCGCCAUCCUGGACGUGGUGCACAAGGAGUGCAUGAAGAACUCGAGGCCGGAGGCGGACGGGGGGCCCGCCAAUUCCGUGAUUCUUGAGGAAUUCCGAUUGAGGGUCGCUAAGAUGGUGACCGGGGAGACAUGGGAGGACUGCCUGCCGCUGCGCCUGGCGGCGCUGAAGCACAUGCACAAGUACGCCCAGGCGGAGGGCGACCUGCUGCGGCAGACGUCGCACGUGGACAAGCCCGGGGAGCGGCUGGGUGGGGGCAAGCACAAGGUGACCAAGUUCCUGCGCAGCGUGAAGGGCGGGACGGCGAUGGGCUGCUGGGGGGCGGCGUUCGACGAGAUGUGGCUCAAGUCGGGCGCGCGGCUGACGCCGCUGCUGCUGGCGCUGGUGGAGGAGAACGCGGCGCUGCAGGAGGACCUGAAGACGUGGAAGAGGGACGCCGCGGCCCAGGGCAACGGGGACGCGCCGGCCAAGGGCGCCGGCAAGGGGGCGACCCCCAAGGGGGCAAUCCCCAAGGCGGCGGCCUGCAGGGAGGUCCCACCCAAUGCGGCCGCUCGCAAGGACCCGCCCGCCGUGACGAUCGAGGGGCCCAAGGCCAAGAAUGGGCAGGUUCGAGAUGUCGGGGAUUGUAUGCCCCCCAAGCUUCCCCCGUCUGUUGAUCCGCCUAGCCGCGGGCCCGGGCCGUUUGAGCGAGGGCCGGCGGCAGCGGACGCUGUGGCACCGCUGCGGCUGUCCCUGCUCCGGGGCGCGUCGGGCAACCUAAUCAACCUGGACAACGUGGGGGCGGCCUUCUCGCCCAAGGGCCAGGCCUCCAGGCUCAUGUCCAUCGAGUCGGAUGUUUCGGAUGUGUGCAGCCCGCUCUCCGUGGACCACGGGGCGUCGUCAGGGCAGGACCCGUUGGUGGUCGCCAGCAACGACGCGGACUGGGUGUCUUUCGCCACUGACGGCCCCGGUGCUGGCCCCGGAAGGACUGCAUCUGGUGACAAUGGCCCCAGUGGGCACAGCGAUCACAAUGGGCACAAUGAGCAGGGCAGGAACACGGGGCUCGGCAGGCACAAUGGGGACAAGGGGCACUGUGCGCAUGACGGACGCAGUGGACACAAUGGGCACCAAGAGUGCAGUGGGUGGGAGUCGCCGCUCCCCCCUGCCCCUGUGAUGCAGGGGGUGGGCGACUCCACGAACGGCGCUGCGAGUAUGUAUCCACUGCCCACCCCAUUUGGCAAGGAGCAGCGCGUUCUGCAGCAUGCGACUGGGUCCAUGGGUUCUGCGCCGCAGCUGAGCGUGGCGGGGUUGUCUUCGGCGCCCCUGGCGCCCAGAUCCACUGCCUCUCCAGGGGGGUCUUACACGCUGGGGGGCUACCAGGACGGCCCUGGCACAGCCAGCGUUACAUAUCCGAGGCAGAUGGGGGGUCCUCCGAACAGCAAAGUCGCUUGGCGUCGCUACCUGCAGCCACCAGAAGCCUUCGAGACGCUGGACCCAUUGAAGAGGCAGGCAUGA